AUGUUUGGGAAAUAUCAUAAUAAUGAAGCAUGCUUAUAUUUUCGAAAUAUCGGCGUCAGUUAUGGAACUAGUAAUGGAGUUAGUGACAUAUCGGGACGUGUCGACGGCGGCGAAAUACUAGGUGUGUUCGGUCCGAGAGGCUGCGGGAAGACAACACUGCUGUCGACUCUUUCCGGCCUCUUGCCAAUGUCCCGGGGGGACAUUCGGGUAGGGCUAACUCCUAUAAAGAAAGCCCGGCGGAUGGUUGCCUUCUGUCCUGCUGUAGAUGAAUUUCUGCCCACCCUCACGGUACAAGAAACGCUCAAAUUUACUGCCUUCCUACAUCUAAGUGCAGCCCUAUCAACCGACAGUAAAAUCAGAAGGGUAAAAGAAGCUGUCGAUCUACUGCAGUUAGAUCACUACAGAAACUGUUUGGUGCAAUUUCUGGACCGCUCGACCAAGAAGCGCUUGGCCAUCGCCUGUGCCAUGCUGACCAGUCCGGCAGUUCUCCUACUGGAUGAGCCCCUCCAAGGAUUGACGUUUGUCGAGAUUAUAGACUUGCUAAAGUUGUUACGAUUGUACGUUGAAAAGACAGCACGGGCCUUGGUGAUUGCGACUAGUGUAUGUCCAGGUGUCGUUUACCAAACAUGUUUGCAACAUCUAUUUCUCUACAGGUCAAAGAUGGCAUACAGCGGUACAUCACAUCAACUUGUCCAGUUUAUGAGGGACACUGGAUUGUGUUGUCCUACCGACUAUAACCCUGCUGAAUAUUUUUUAGAGAGGCUGUGUGAAGAAACCCUUGACGAUAACAUACCAAUCCAGGAUAAAAUUAUAACAGCCUUCAUGGACAGGAAAAACAAGACAGAUGCGCCCUUGAACACGAUAGGGAACGGUGUCACAAAAACACACAUGUCAGAAGAAGAGAUACAGCAGAAUGGAGUUAUUAUAAAUACAAUCUCAAGACCUACUCCGGACCAAGAUGAAUCUGUGUUUUCAAUAGAAGAUAUUUCACCAAGUGCGAUAGUUACCGACCCAUUAAUCACAACAUACAGACAACAGUGGAGUACGCCAUAUUGUCACGAAUUCCUGAUAUUAUUAGAAAGGAACUUUCACAAUGCUCGUCGCCGAAUGCUUGCUCCAGUCGGGAUAGUCCAGAAUCUCUAUAUUCUUGUUGUCUGCGUUCUAGUCUGGUGGAAGCCGGGGAGAAACGAGGACACAGUUAAAGACAAACUCGGACUGUUUUUCUUUACCGUGGUGCAGUGGGCUUUCUUCGCUUUACUGGACGCUAUACUGACAUUCCCUAAGGAGCUGAAAGUUGUGACCAGAGAACGGACCUUUGGACGGUAUCGCCUAUCCACAUACUGUCUAUCGAAGACAUUGAGUGAGCUCCCCUUGGCCAGUCUACAGCCGUGUGUAUACCUGUGUGUCAUCUAUUGGGUGGCCGAUCUGAACGGAACGUACGCCUUCCUCUCCUCCAUAGGGGUUCUUGUGCUCGACGUUAUAGCCGCACAGAGUGUUGGGCUUUUUGUGGGAGCAGCCCUCCAGCCCCCUUGGACCAUAAGUGUGGUGUCUCUAGGACUCCUCUCUAUGAUGCUGUGGGGCGGGGCAUUCAACACUCUUCCUUUAUGGCUACAAUGGGGAAAAUUUGCAUCUUUUUUCUUUUAUGGCCUAAAUGCCUUGAUCUAUCUGGAGCUUUCGGACGCUCCGCCCAUAAAAUGUUUGACAGAGAGUCCCUAUCACACGAUUCCCGUCUGUAGUCUCACUCUCAACGGAACUAACACCACAAUCUCAGAAUUUCCAUCAGACUUGCUACUGGAGCCGCUUGGGACCGACCUUCCAUUGUGGGCUUACCUCGCCGUCUUGGCCGGAAUCAUGCUGGUCACGAGAAUGCUCUGGUAUAUUAUCCUCCGCAGGAAACAUCUAGACAAAUGAUGUAUAUUGAUAUAUCUAGACAGAUGAUACUUUGCUAUUUCUACUCUAGUAUCGUAACCAUAUUAUCGAUAACGUAAC